CUGGCAGCUUUCAGCCGUGCCCCGAUUCCCAUGGCCGUGGUACGCAGAGAGCUCUCCUGUGAGAGCUACCCCAUCGAGCUCCGCUGCCCAGGAACCGACGUCAUCAUGAUCGAGAGUGCCAACUAUGGGAGGACUGAUGACAAGAUCUGUGACUCGGACCCUGCUCAGAUGGAGAACAUCCGGUGUUAUCUGCCAGAUGCCUAUAAGAUUAUGUCUCAAAGAUGCAAUAACAGAACCCAGUGUGCAGUGGUUGCAGGUCCUGAUGUUUUUCCAGACCCGUGCCCAGGAACCUAUAAAUACCUUGAAGUGCAGUAUGAAUGUGUCCCUUACAAAGUGGAACAAAAAGUUUUUCUUUGUCCUGGACUACUAAAAGGAGUGUACCAGAGUGAACAUUUGUUUGAGUCCGACCACCAGUCUGGGGCAUGGUGCAAAGACCCCUUGCAGGCUUCUGACAAGAUUUAUUACAUGCCCUGGACGCCCUACAGAACCGACACCCUGACUGAGUACUCAUCCAAGGAUGAUUUCAUCGCUGGGAGACCAACUACAACCUACAAACUCCCUCAUAGGGUGGAUGGCACAGGAUUUGUAGUGUACGAUGGAGCUUUGUUCUUCAACAAGGAGCGCACCAGAAACAUUGUAAAGUUUGACUUGCGGACUAGGAUCAAGAGUGGAGAGGCUAUCAUAGCCAAUGCCAAUUACCACGAUACCUCCCCUUACCGAUGGGGAGGCAAGUCUGACAUAGACCUCGCAGUGGACGAGAAUGGGCUAUGGGUGAUCUAUGCAACAGAACAAAACAAUGGCAGAAUUGUCAUUAGUCAGUUGAACCCUUACACCCUACGGAUUGAAGGGACGUGGGAUACUGCGUAUGAUAAGCGAUCAGCUUCCAAUGCCUUUAUGAUUUGUGGAAUUCUGUAUGUGGUCAAAUCUGUAUAUGAGGAUGAUGACAAUGAGGCCACUGGAAAUAAGAUUGACUACAUUUACAACACCGAGCAGAGCAAGGACAGUUUGGUGGAUGUGCCCUUUCCCAAUUCAUACCAGUACAUAGCCGCGGUGGAUUACAAUCCCAGGGACAACCUACUUUAUGUGUGGAAUAACUACCACGUCGUGAAAUACUCUUUGGAUUUUGGACCCCUGGAUAGCAGAUCAGGGCAGGCGCAUCAUGGGCAGGUGUCAUACAUUUCUCCACCGAUUCACCUCGACUCUGAACUGGAAAGACCGCCUGUUAGAGGACCCCUGGGCCUGGGCAGCACGACCACCAGUACCACGCUCCGAACCACAACGUGGAACCAGGGCAGGAGCACCACACCAUCCGUGCCCGGCAGGAGGAACCGGAGCACCAGCACCCCCUCUCCAGCUGUCGAGGUGCUGGAUGACGUCACCACACACCUUCCAUCGGCGUCAUCCCAAAUGCCAGCUCUGGAAGAGAGCUGUGAGGCUGUGGAAGCCCGAGAGAUCAUGUGGUUUAAGACCCGCCAAGGACAGACAGCCAAGCAGCCGUGCCCUGCGGGAACUAUUGGUGUGUCCACUUAUCUAUGCCUUGCUCCUGAUGGGAUUUGGGAUCCCCAAGGCCCUGACCUCAGCAACUGUUCUUCUCCUUGGGUCAACCAUAUAACACAGAAGUUGAAAUCUGGAGAGACAGCUGCUAACAUUGCCAGAGAGCUGGCUGAACAGACAAGAAAUCAUUUGAAUGCUGGGGACAUCACCUACUCAGUGCGUGCCAUGGACCAACUGGUAGGCCUCCUAGAUGUGCAACUCAGGAACUUGACCCCAGGUGGAAAAGACAGUGCUGCCCGCAGUUUGAACAAGCUUCAGAAAAGGGAGCGCUCUUGCAGAGCCUAUGUCCAGGCUAUGGUCGAGACAGUUAACAACCUCCUCCAGCCACAAGCUUUGAAUGCAUGGAGAGACCUGACUGCAAGUGAUCAACUGCGCGCGGCCACCAUGUUGCUGGACACCGUGGAGGAAAGUGCUUUUGUGCUGGCUGAUAACCUUUUGAAGACUGACAUUGUCAGGGAGAACACAGACAAUAUUCAAUUAGAAGUUGCACGACUGAGCACAGAAGGCAACCUAGAAGACCUGAAAUUUCCGGAAAGCAUGGGUCAUGGAAGCACCAUUCAGCUUUCUGCAAACACUCUGAAGCAGAACGGCCGCAACGGAGAGAUCAGAGUGGCCUUUGUUUUAUAUAAUAACUUGGGUCCUUAUCUGUCUACGGAGAAUGCCAGUAUGAAGUUGGGAACAGAAGCUAUGUCCACAAAUCAUUCUGUUAUCGUCAAUUCCCCUGUUAUUACAGCAGCAAUAAACAAAGAGUUCAGUAAUAAGGUUUAUUUGGCUGAUCCCGUGGUAUUUACUGUUAAACAUAUCAAGCAGUCAGAGGAAAAUUUCAAUCCUAAUUGUUCAUUUUGGAGCUACUCCAAGCGCACAAUGACAGGCUACUGGUCAACACAAGGCUGUCGGCUCCUGACCACCAAUAAGACACAUACCACAUGCUCCUGUAACCACCUGACCAAUUUUGCAGUAUUGAUGGCACAUGUGGAAGUUAAGCACAGUGAUGCAGUUCAUGACCUUCUUCUGGAUGUGAUCACGUGGGUUGGAAUUUUGCUGUCCCUUGUUUGUCUCCUGAUUUGCAUCUUCACAUUUUGCUUUUUCCGCGGGCUCCAGAGUGACCGUAACACCAUCCACAAGAACCUCUGCAUUAGCCUCUUUGUAGCAGAGCUGCUCUUCCUGAUUGGAAUUAACCGGACUGACCAACCAAUCGCCUGUGCUGUGUUUGCUGCACUCUUACACUUCUUCUUCCUGGCUGCCUUCACCUGGAUGUUUCUGGAGGGAGUGCAGCUCUACAUCAUGCUGGUGGAGGUUUUCGAGAGCGAGCAUUCUCGGCGGAAAUACUUUUACCUGGUUGGCUACGGCAUGCCCGCUCUCAUCGUGGCUGUGUCCGCAGCCGUAGACUACAGGAGCUAUGGAACAGAUAAAGUAUGUUGGCUCCGACUUGACACCUACUUCAUUUGGAGUUUUAUAGGACCCGCGACCUUGAUAAUUAUGCUUAAUGUGAUCUUCCUUGGGAUUGCUUUGUAUAAAAUGUUUCAUCAUACUGCCAUACUGAAGCCUGAAUCUGGCUGUCUUGAUAAUAUCAACUAUGAGGAUAACAGACCCUUCAUCAAGUCAUGGGUUAUAGGUGCAAUAGCUCUUCUCUGCCUAUUAGGAUUGACCUGGGCCUUUGGACUCAUGUAUAUUAAUGAAAGCACAGUCAUCAUGGCGUAUCUCUUCACCAUUUUCAAUUCUCUACAGGGAAUGUUUAUAUUCAUUUUCCAUUGUGUCCUACAGAAGAAGGUACGAAAAGAGUAUGGGAAAUGCCUUCGAACACAUUGCUGUAGUGGCAAAAGUACAGAGAGUUCCAUUGGCUCAGGGAAAACAUCUGGUUCUCGAACUCCUGGACGUUAUUCCACAGGCUCACAGAGCCGAAUUCGUAGAAUGUGGAAUGACACGGUUCGAAAGCAGUCAGAGUCGUCCUUUAUCACCGGAGACAUAAACAGCUCAGCGUCACUCAACAGAGGAGCCAUGGCUAAUCAUCUUAUAAGCAAUGCUCUGCUUCGUCCGCAUGGUACUAACAAUCCCUAUAAUACAUUGCUUGGGGAACCGGCGGUCUGUAACAACCCUUCUGUCAGCAUGUACAACGCACAAGAGGGGCUUCUGAACAAUGCCAGGGAUACAAGUGUCAUGGAUACUCUACCACUGAAUGGUAACCAUGGCAACAGCUACAGCCUCGCCGGCGGCGAGUACCUGAGCAACUGCGUGCAAAUCCUAGACCGCGGCUACCACCCCAGCGAGACCGCCCUGGAGAAAAAGAUCCUGCAGGAACUGACCUCCAGCUACAUCCCUUCCUACCUGAACAGCCACGAGCGCUCCAGCGACCAGAGCCGCAACCUGCUGAACAAGCUGGCCAGCGACCUGGGCGGCGAGGACGACGCCGCGUCCUACACCCACGACGACAGCCUGGGCCUGGAGCUCAUCCACGAGGAGUCCGACGCCCCGCUGCUGCCCCCCAGGGUGUACUCGGCGGACGGCCAGUGCGGCCGGCGGCGCCUGCCGCAGGACCAGGGCGAGAGCUUCUUCCCGCUGCUGCCCAGCGGCCACGCGGAGGGGCCGCCGGCCGCGGCGCCGCGCAGGGACUCGGUCUACACCAGCCUGCCGGCGCUGGCGGCCGACGGCGCGGCCGCGGGGUCGCAGCCCGAGCCGCCCGCCGCGCGGCCCGACGCCGACGACGUGUACUACAAGAGCAUGCCGAACCUGGGCUCCCGGAACCACGUGCACCAGCUGCACGCCUACUACCAGCUGGGGCGCGGCAGCAGCGACGGCUUCAUCGCGCCCCCGGCCCCGGACGGCGGCGCCCAGGGGCCCCCUGCGCACCUGGUCACCAGCCUCUAG